AAACGGCUAGUGAGGAAGAGUCUCCAGUGCCUUCUUGCUCUCAUCUGAACAGUGAAACCUCUAUCCCAGAAGAUCUUGGCAGUCUCGCCGCUGAGUCUGUCCCAUCAGAGACUAUGGGCCACGGGCAGCCGGAAAGCCCGGAUCAGAGUACGGCUAACGAGGAACUGGUUUAUUCUGAAGAGUUCAAGCCCUCUACCUCACCUGGCAAACUCUCGCCUCCCAAAAGCAGCACGUCUCUAUCAAAGCAAGAUUCCAGCAGAGGCAGCCACAGGACUGGGGGACAGCUACGGUCACCUGUGAAGUCUCAUCAGAUAUCUCACAACUGGUCUGAUGAAUCUUUAUCGAUGACGCAGUCAGAAACGACGUCCGAUCAGAGUGACAUCGAAGGACGGAUCAGGGCCCUGAAGGAUGAACUACGGAAGAGGAAGUCUGUGGUUUACCAGCUGAAAAAGGAACAGAAAAAGAGACAAAAGGAGAGACUGAAGGCCCAGGAAGCCAGUUUGAUCAAACAACUGGAGUCCUAUGAUGAGUUUAUCAAGAAGACUGAAGCAGAGCUGAGCCAAGACCUGGAGGCGUCGCCCACAGCCAAACCUCAGAUUAAAACUCCAUCCUCAGCUGCUGCCGAAAAACCGAAGAUCAAGGCACCACCGCUCCACAGGCCUGAGACAGCUAAAAGCUGGAAAUCACUGGCUGAAUCGGAGCGAUCCAGAGCAUCUUUGGAAUCCAUUUCAGAACAUGCAGAUGCUGUGUCAUCGAGAAGUGAGAGAUCUGUGUCUGUGCACACCAAGAAGGUGGCUGUGACAGAUACUCAUGCAGAAGAACCUUCUGGAGCAUAUUCCUCGUUUUUAAUGUCACCAAGGAGUUCCAGAGCAGGAUCUGGCGAUUCCUUAGAUAAUGUUCCCUUAUUAUCUCUUCUCAAAGAUGUGAAAGACAUUAGCAGGGUACCCCAUGGGUCAACAAACAAUGCAGUAAAUGUGGCAUCCAGUGAUGAGGCUGCCUUCAGUCAUAAAUCUGAGCUACAGGAAGACUUGGAAUACCUGAAGUCCAAGGAAUACGAGAUUGGAGGUUCUCAUGUGAAGCCUGUGGAGAGUUCUGAUGUCUUGCUGACAUUAGCUAAAGAACAGGAGAGCUCUCUGGACAUCCUUCCAAAGCAAGCCCUCUGUUCUGAAAAGGAACAUUCGCAGAAGGAACUCUUUGAUUUGGCUGUGGGGAGUCUUAGUGGUACAGAAGGAAUCUGGGGAGAGAGACUGGCAGAGAAAAAUGCUGUAACUGGCUCCAGCGUGGAAGAUUCUUUUCGCAAACUGAGCAGAUCAGCAGAGGAAAAAAGUCACCUGCUGUCGGAGCAGCUGGGUAGUCAAAAUGAGCCAUCGUACCUUGAAGACUUUGAAGGAUCCUCUUCCAGAAAGCAAGCAUCGGUUGAAGAAAUGCUUCCCGAGGAACGUUCCAAAGAUGAGUUUGAAGCAUCUCUCCUGUCUCCGCAGUCACUGACGGGGCGGUCACAGCACACACAGACCAGCAGAAGCAGAUCCACCAGCCUUGGCAGCGAUGGCGAAGUCAGUGAAUACCUCAGUGACAGGUCUUUGUCUCUCUCUGGCAGCUUGCAUUCAGAGGGGUUGUUAGAACUCAAGUCCCCAACAGAACUUAUAAAAAAUACUGAACGCAGAGAUGUAGAGCAAGAACAAGCCCCUGCCGAAUCACCGCUCUGGGCCUCUGUUUCGAUCGCGGAAGAAACGGAUAGUUUGCCAAACUUCAGCAUUGGCGAUAGAGUACUUGUGAGUCAAGUCCAACCUGGAACAUUGCGAUUCAAAGGUCUGACUAGGUUUGCCAAAGGAUUCUGGGCUGGCGUGGAGUUGGAUAAACCUGAAGGGAACAAUAAUGGAACUUAUGACGGUAUUAAAUAUUUUGAUUGCAAAGAAAAACAUGGUAUUUUUGCUCCUCCUCAAAAAAUCUCGCACAUUACAGAAAGUAUUGAUGGCCAUUUAGACACAAAUGAGGAUGAAGACUCGUUCUUCGGUGACAGGCUGGAGAAGCAACACAAAGCUGAGCAGGAAGACAGAGGAAGUUCCAAACCUGCCAAAGAAGAUGAAAGCCGGAGCAGAGAUACAACGGAGAACUAUUCCCAGGGUAAAGCUCCAGCAGACACAGCUGUUUCCGAAGCCUCAGGUGAGGAAGCAGUUGAUGAGGAGUUGUCUUCUCAAGCAAGCAGCAUAAAGGAGAUUUCUGUAGCUACUGAAUCGCUUGCCCAGGAAAUGUCGGUGGUGGAUUAUCUGAAGCAUGCUGUAAUCCAGGAGGCCAGCCUUGCUCCCCUCGUUUCUAGCGGCGUGGAUGAGAUUUCUGCUGUUCAGGUGGAUGACAUCUCAGAUUUUCUGUCUGAAAAACUGGAAAGGCAGAAGACGCUGGGGGAAGAAUGUGCGGAAAAGCUAGAUGAUCUCUCUCCUGGACUUGCGGAGAAGCCUGCAACUCCCCUUCUGGAUUUGCUGACAAAAGAGAAGAGCCAGUUAGAAGCCCAGCUUCGAGUACCACUUAGAGAGGAAGAAAAGUCGAAAGACCAACUGGAAAAGGUCAGUCUGCUGACAGACAGUCUCCUUCAAGAUUUUGUGAAAGACACUGUCAAUCAGUUACAGCGAAUAAAGAAGGUCAAGAAUGAGAAAAUCCAGCUCAGCAACCAGGAGCUCUGUGAUGUGAAGGCAGAAUCCAGUAGCCCAUCCCAGCGGGAAGAAAAACAGGUUCCCAAUGGACUGAAUAACUUCUUUCUAAGUUCCGAUUUGGAAGAUGAAAGAGAAGAGCUUUCCUCACCAGACCUGUGUCCCAGACCAGAGAGUCCGGUGUUCGGUGCCAGUGGUCAGGAAGAGCUUGCCAAGAGACUGGCGGAGCUGGAGCUCAGUCAGGAGUUCCUGAGUGUGCUGGGAGAUGAUCAAGACUGGUUUGAUGAGGACUAUGGCCUGAGUUCCCGUAAAGUCCAGCAGAAGCAAGCCGAGGAACCGGCAGUGCUGCCCAAGGUGGAGCCGCAGAAAGCGCCGGCGAAGGCGGGCGAGGAGCUGUUGGCCGUCCCUCACACUGCGGUGGAGGUGGAAGGUAUGGUGCAUGCAGCAGCUGAGGAGCUCUGGAGGCUGAAGGAGCUGGGUCAUGAUCCGCAAAGCUUCAGCCUUCACACGGAUCUUAGUUCUACCCUCAAAGAGCAGGACACCGACACCAUCAACAAGCAGGUUUAUAAAAAGGUGGUGUUUGAUUUAACAAGAGAGAUCUUUGGGGAGAUCUUCGCGGAGGAUCCUAAUCUAAAUCAGCCUAUUUGGAUGAAACCGUGUAGGAUCACAUCUGCUUACUUUCGCCGAGUAAAAGAUCCAAAUGAUCUGGAUGAAAUCAAGAGCUUCAUCGCAGCUGAAGUACUCAAGUUAUUCAGCCUGAGGAAGGAGCCCAGUCACAAAACAGACUGGCAGAAGAUGAUGAAAUUUGGGCGGAAGAAACGAGACCGAGUGGAUCACAUACUG